AUGCGCAAACGGUCGAGCGGCCAUGCCUCAUCCACUCACCACGGGGGGGAAUUCUGUGAAUGGGUAGUGGAAACACAGUUCACACUCAGCCAGCCCAUUUCGGUGACUCGCUUGCAGUUUCCGGGCAAGCAGCUCCAGAGGGUCUGUACAGCAACUCCGGAGAUUGUUCAAACAUGCAAGCAGUCAGGUGGCCGCUGCAGCGGCACUUUGAACAGAAAUGCUGCAGGCCCAGGUGCAGCAGGUGCGGCGGCGGCAGCUGAUGGAGGCCGUCUUGUGGAUGCAUCUUUUGAUAGGCCAUGGCUUAUCCGAGUGCCUCGAAGUUUGCAUUUCUUGUCGGUGAAUCCUGAUGGUGAUGCAAACAGAAGUUUCUGCGCACCCGUCUCUCUGGCGAGUUCCUUGCACUUGCCAGUGGGGGAGCCACCAAGUGCUCUGGCUGCGCAGGUUCAGCCUGUGAAGGAUAAGCUUAGCCCAUCGCAACAGCUGAGUUUGCUCCGCCUGAACUUUUCGUUGCAAUUUGCUGCAGAUAUGAGAACGGUGAUACAAUGUGCCGUUCAGUUCACGAACCCUUUUCUGGGGUCAGUGGACGAGGGUAUGCUUCAGCGAGCUUUGGGCAGCCUCCCCCACUUUGCGACAGUGCGAAAGUGGAUGCUCAAGCUGGAUUUGCUGAGCAUGCAUUUCCGAAGAAGGCUCAUGCGUAACGAAGUUGCAGGGGACCAGGUGCGAGUGGCUCGUUACCUGUCGAUGGAUGCCUCGCCCCAAGCAGGUUACGAAUAUUUGGCAACCACAGAGGAGACAAUUCGAAGGGUUUCACCCAUGAGUUCAGGACUGGUGAUCACGACUUUAGGUCGAGGCGAGACACGUGCCUUUCUCAAGGCUUGCCGCCUGCGGCAUGCAAUCAUACUUGAGAACGGUCCUGACUACGAGGACACAUAUCGUGCCCAGGUCAAAGGCUGGGUUUCGGAUCAAGGGACGGAAAGAAAGGUACCCCAGAUGCCUGUGUCAGGAGAUCCUGCAGAGCUACAGGCUUUGGCGGCACUUGUUGCUGCUGAAGGCGACCCGGAUGUUGAGCAUCUGGUGCGGGGCACCUCAAAAGCAUUGCUCUGGAACAGCUUUAGGCAUUUGGGCUUGAUGCACGUCAUGUUUAAUUCCUUGGAGGAGUCAUGCAAAGGGUGUCCUCGCUGGGAUUCUUUCGAGAAACAGUUGUCUGCCAUCUCCAAACUGUUGCGUGGCAGAUCUUUCAGGGACAUUGUGGUGCAUCGGAUGAUGGCUACGGCCACAGCACAGGAGAAGAGCACUGUGCAGGCAUAUCACGGGGAGCUUUUGUCUUGGAGAUGGGAGUCUCUUUACGAAACCUUGAAACAUUAUGUGCAUGUACGUCCAAUUCUGAUGAAUUAUUGGGACCGGGAGUUGCUGAGUUCCGAAGCCCAACUCUGCGAUGCUGUGGGGGAGGCCUUGACGGAUCCCUUUCACUCAGCGUAUGCAGAGUGGGCAUUCAUGUUUUCGGGUUUUGUUCAGCGAUGGUCUCGCUGGAUGGAAGGGUGCUUCUGCCAUGAGAGUGAACUGAAGGAAGCAAAAACCCGGAAAGCCAGGCAAGCUAUUUCAUGUUGCUGGAAGGGAAAGCGAACAGCAGUGCUUGCAGCGGGCUAUGGAGAGACCAUCCUUGCUGAGGCCAGGGCAUGCACCAGUCCCAGGUAUGCUGAGGCAGUCUUGAGGUUGCCACGGGAAGUGGCGGCUCACUUUUGCAUGCUUGAGAGGUAUACACUUGAGGGAAGCAAAAAGAUAGUCGCGGAGUGUUUCCGGGAGUAUGACAGGUUGUGUGCUGUGGGCCGUGUUGAUGCUUUGCUGCACGGCAUUUUCCAGAGGCAAGGUGCAGCCGCGACAGGUGUGGCUCUGGAGGAUUUCCCUUUGGCGUGGGCAGAAAUUCAGGAACGAGCCUUGUGCUCUUGUGUGGCGCGAGCCACAGAGAAGCAACAUGUCCUGAUCAAAAUCGGAGCCCGGAGAACACUUCGCUUCUCUGGGCCGGCCAUGGCAUGUGUCCGGGCACAGAACUGGCCAAAACAAAGACUGGAUGUCGAGCUUUUGUCACAUGUGCUUCCACAAACAUCGUGCUGGCAGAAGACCUUUGCGUACAGAUUGUCUCGUGUGUACGGGUACAAUGAGGCGGACCACUUCAUGGAGACAGGGGAGACGGAGGCCAGUGCUGAAGCGUUGGGAGAUGCCACCGACAAGGCACUGAAAUCCGCCGCAGCCCUGGUGAAUGGAGAGGUCAAGCUCACUGCCCAAGGCCUCAUGAUCGUGGACUUUUUGAAAAGCCAGCUGCAGACAGGCUGUGUCUUUAGCGUUCCCGAGGCGCUCUUUGACACCUUGCAAGCCAAAUCUGUGCCAGAUGAGAGGCAGGACGAGGAAGAUGCGGGGAAGCACACACUUCUGGACAUGGCACAGGCUUUGAUUCCGAAGGAUGUGGUAGCUAGGAAGGCCGAAGACAAUGUUUACAGCUAUGUCGUGGAUGCACGGCCCGAAAGGCGGCAUCAGCAGCUAGGUGUCGGCAGUGUUAAGAACAGACAUGUCCUUCAGUGCAUCAGGUUUUUGCAGGUCAGCCUUGAAGACCUCGAACAGCCCCGUGUUUCGCACACCAGUGUCCAGAAACACGAUCUGGAUCUGAGUGCUGUGGCUACUCAGGCGGGUCUCGAGAUGAUGUCUUCGGCCUGUGUCGUUUGGCUGCCUCAAUGUACAUCAUUGCAGGUCAAGCUACAGGCCGAGCUGUUAGACAGCUCCACAGGUGUGCAAGCAGCACCAUUGCGACUGCCUGCUGUUGUCUCAGACGAGGACAUGCUUUGCGACUUGGCCGAGGAUGACAGGGAGCGGCAGGAACUGGAGCUUGUAGUUCCUGAAAACAAAGGGGUUGACAUUUCUGCGACCAUGGUGAUGUCAGAUCUUGAGCAAGCCUUGGUAGACACCUUGUUCCAACGAAGAGCGGUAGCAGAUAAUUUUGUUCCGGCAUUAGGUCUUCCCUAUUUUGGUACUGCGGCAGCACAAUCGCUUUCAGAGAAAGGGAUCCUGCAGGUCAGGGAGGACGAUUUCGGAGAGUUGCAACUGUCACUGACGGAGAAGAUGCAAGUCCCUUUGACGGAUCCAGAAAAACCGUUUGAGUGGCGGCACAAAGAUGAGGCUCGAGAGCUGCCAGGCAACAUGCUGAGCAGACCCGACAAUCACUUCAGAGCUCUUGCUUUUGAAGCAACAAUCUUCGAGAAGCCCGGGAACCUGAGCAAAAUCUCGCAUUGUGGAAGCAGUGCGUAUUACGAACUUCUGUUGACAAAGGAAGAUUUGACGGGGAUUGGGGAGUGGACACUGGAACAGACGAUGAAGUUCGCUUGGCCCCGCAAGAGAAAGCAGGGCAGCGAGCCAAAGUCCCGUGUCGCCCGCCCCAGAGCAUUGGAGCCGCCCAUGCAAUUGCAAAUCGAGAUGCCGGGUGAGAAGCCCGUGCAAUCCCGAGUGCCUGGGCUUGAAGGGCUUACGGUUUAUUUCGACAACUUUACACAUCAGUCCGGGCGUCGUCGGGCUUUCAUUGCCUGUGGGUGUGCUGCCCACAAAGGACAAUGCCGUCGUUAUGUUUUCGUGACUGAUUACCCCUGUAUCCAAGAUUGUGUUGCUUGGUUGUUGACCUGGGCCUCUGCGGCACAGCGGUUUCGCACGACUGCGGAGCAUGUCGGCCACAAUCCCACUUCUGAAGCUGUUCGUAGCAUGAAGCAGCGGCAGUCUCUGGGACUGUAG